GCCGCCGCCGCCGCCGCUGCCGCCGCCGCUCGCUAGGGAAACCGGAGAACUGUCAUGGCGAGUCCAGCCGCGUCCUCGGUGCGACCGCCGAGGCCCAAGAAAGAGCCGCAAGCGCUCGUCAUCCCCAAGAAUGCGGCGGAAGAGCAGAAGCUCAAGCUGGAGCGGCUCAUGAAGAAUCCGGACAAAGCAGUUCCAAUUCCAGAAAAAAUGAGUGAAUGGGCACCUCGACCUCCCCCAGAAUUUGUCCGAGAUGUAAUGGGUUCAAGCGCUGGCGCAGGCAGUGGAGAGUUCCAUGUGUAUAGGCAUCUGCGCCGGAGAGAAUAUCAGCGACAGGACUACAUGGAUGCCAUGGCUGAGAAGCAAAAAUUGGAUGUAGAGUUUCAGAAGAGACUGGAAAGGAACAAAAUUGCUGCAGAGGAGCAGACUGCAAAGCGUCGGAAAAAACGCCAAAAGUUAAAAGAGAAGAAAUUAUUGGCAAAGAAGAUGAAACUUGAACAGAAGAAACAAAAAGAAGGGUCCAGUCAGAACCAAGAGCAGCCAUCCAGUAGUUCUGAGGAAACAUCUGGGACAGAGGAAGAGAAAGAGGAAGAGCCCAGCUUCGUCAUGGGGCGAUGACAGUGUUGGCCACGGUGGCUUUCUGGAGCCCAGGGCCUCAGAAAACCCUCCACGUGACCCAAGGAGAGAGGAGGGUGUUUGAACUGUUUCUCUCCCAAGGCCUCGCUGGGUAGAAGCAAGUGGAAGCCGUCCUGACUGCUUGGGCCCUGCCAGUAGAGACAGGACUGUCCUGGGCACUCAAGGCAUUGCCAAGCCGUUCGUUCAUGUUCCCGCUAACGGGGGGAAUGUAUAACCUCUGCCCCUGCUGUCUGUUCGCACAUGUCUGGACAGUGAUGAGUUGGGGGCUGGUAUCUGUGAAAGGAAUGUUUAUUAAAGAACAGAAAAACUUGA